AUGUCACUUAAUCGCAGAGACGUAGCGUUUCCCACAGUCGACGGUAUUACUCUCAAAGGAUGGUUUUUCCCUGCUAGUGACAAGAAUGGCCCAUGCGUCAUCAUGACUCCCGGCCUUACGGCAUUGAAGGAGCAUUUUGUCGAUAGGUUUGCUAUGGCAUUUCAAGAAGCCGGCAUCCAUGCACUACUAUACGACCCUCGAGGAUUUGGAGAGAGCCAUGGGCAGAGAUAUGAUUCUGACCCAGUUAAAGCACAGGAUGAUUAUCUUGACGCUUUUAACUAUGUGGCAUCUCUUCGAGAAGUGGAUCCUAACCGUGUCGCCUACUGGGGAUCUAGUUACUCUGGAGGAGUGGCCGUGACUGCCGCAGCGAUCGACCAUCGCAUUAAAGCAAUAAUUAUUCAAGCGCCCUUUGUUUCGGGUGAACUGCAAUUUGAAACACACAUGAAUUUCCUCGAUGAGGUUCUUCAAGACCGCGCACGCGUAUGUGCCGGAGAAGAGUGGCCACUUACUCACCUUGUUGCUUCAACUCUUGAAGAAGCAGAAGCAGGGACAGCAAAGGUCCUGCUUUCGGAUGCAGUGGCAUAUCAAUACUUCCAGGAUAGUAAUGCACAAGGCGGCAAUUGGCAAAACAAAAUUACCACCAUGACUCUUCUGAGAAUGCUUCGGUUUGAGCCUAUACAAUAUAUUCAUCGUAUAGCACCAACGCCGUUCUUGAUGGUGCUAGGAGACAACGACGUCAGUGUUCUUACAUCGCAUCAGCUGCAGGCUUUUGCAAAGGCUCGCGAACCCAAGCAGCUCCAUAUUUUGAAGAACUGUGGCCAUUUUGGCCCAUACCGAUUUGAGUCCUUUGAGGAAAAUAUUGCAAUUCAGCUCGAGUUCUUGAAAAAGCAUUUGUAG